AACGGUGCAACAAAAAAGAUGCUUAAGCAUUGUCGUUGGCAAUCUUGAGAUACAAAGACACCCGAAAGAAGCAAACACAGCAAUUCGGCAGUGUAAAGGGGACAGAAACAACAACAAGAGUGCAGAAGAUCCUUUCUUCUUGUAAGCUUUCAAUGGCAGAAGAAAGCUCUGACAAAACCCUGCGAAAAAUCGCAGACGCAUUCAAAAACCUCGCCAGCAUUGUCACCGAUUCGCAUAACGCAGAGGUCGAGGUUGCUCCCUUCUCCCAUGCCUGCUCUCUUGUCUCUCCCCUCUUCUCUUGCUUGGGUGUCGCGUUCAAGUUCGCUGAGAUGGAUUACGUUGCCAAGGUUCAUGAUCUAGCAGAUGCAUCAAAGUCUAUUAAGACCUUGCAAUCUAUGAUUGAUCUGGAUGUACAAGCUGAUUCUGUUAGGAAAGGCGGGAGCCAUACGCGAAAUCUGCUGAGAGUGAAGCGCGGACUUGACAUGGUCAGAGUACUCUUUGAGCAAAUUCUAAUCAAGGAGGGAAAUUCCCUUAGGGAUCCAGCUUCCAAGGCUUAUGAACAGGUAUUUGCUCCUUACCAUGGUUGGGCAAUCCGGAAGGCUGUUUCCGCUGGAAUGUAUGUCCUUCCUACGAAGGAACAGCUUUUGAAUAAACUCAAUGAGGAUGAGGCGUCAGCAAAAGUCCAAAUGCAAAUUUAUGUCACGGCAUCCCAAUCUCUAAUCCAAUACAUUGACAAACUCUUUGUUUCUAGAGACUUGGGAAUAGAUUGGUGAACCUUGGAUUGAAUUCAG